CGCUCCGUCCAGACGUUGCCGCGCUUCAAACUCUCGAGCCAAAUCGGUUAUCCGCGAGAUACUAUUGCUGUAUACAAUAUACAAGAUACCAGAGCAGCAACAACAAGAAGUCGCAAGAUCAAGUUUCGGACCCUAGCGUCAUCCGUUUUGCGGUUUCCAGUGUGUGUGUGUUUUUUGCGUGCGUUGGCCAAAAACCAAAAAUACCCAUAAAUCGAAGAACGCGAGCAGAGUGGAGUGAGUAAAUAAAUAAAAACGCAAGAGAACCGAAACUGUGUCGUUCUACAUGUGCCAAAUACUCGAGUAAACACCAUCGAAAACUCGGACCUAACGGAUACGGAUACCUAACGGCAGACUGAAAUUAGCAACGGCAAUAUGUUGCCGCUGCUGUUGCUGUUUUUUCUGAGCCAAAGACUGAGCCUGACCGCCGGCCAACUGGUAAACCAUCCGCCGCAGUUCAUCCCCGGAACGGGCGACAUGUCCCGCUUCAGCCUCUCGGAAAACACGCCCGUCGGCAGUCCCGUCUUCCAACUAAAAGGCACCGAUCCAGAAGGCGGUCGCUUGAAGUACAGUAUUAGUGGACCAGUUUUCUCCGUGGACCGGGAGACGGGAGUGGUGCGCCUGCGACAGGAGCUGGAUCGGGAGACCCAGGACACCGUCGAGGUGAUCAUCAGCAUCACGGACGAAGGCAUCUACGGCACUGAGCCCAAUACCGUCUCCCAGCGGCGGGAGAUUCCUGUGCGGGAUUACAAUGACAACCAGCCGACUUUCCUGGGUAGACCCUACACCGCCAGCGUUAGCGAAUCCCUUCCUGUGGGAGCGGAACUAACCGUGGAGCCACCUAUAGUGGUCGUCGACCGGGAUGAAGGCAUCAACGCAGAGGUUCAGAUGAAGUGUGUCGAGGAAAAUGACAUUUGCGACAUCUUCGAGGUGCGGGCAGUGAAAAUCUCGGACGGAAACUACACAGCUCGAGUGGCACUAAAGCAGCCACUGGAUUUCGAGAGUCGCCCCUCGUACAUAUUGACCAUCUCGGCCUCUGACAGUGCUCUGGAUAAUCGCCUCUCCUCGCUGGCCACCAUCUCUAUCAAUGUACUCGAUAUCCAGGAUCAGCCGCCAGUCUUCACCAAUGCCCCGUACUCCGCCACAGUUCCGGAAAACACACCCGCCGGAGUGAGCAUACUGACAGUCAAGGCAAUUGAUGGUGAUGUGGGUAUACCCAGGGAUAUAUUCCUGUCCUUGGAGGACGAACCCUUUGGGCAUUUUGAGCUGGUUCCGUUCGGAGAUCCCCGUGAGGGAACCGCCGUGCUGCAGACCACCGCCGAACCCCUGGAUCGCGAAAACGCCGAGAUUCUGCAAAAUGGCGGAGUGUAUGUGUUUUCCAUAAGAGCCACCGAACUGAUCGAUGGAGCCAUUCCUGCCGAACACUCGCUAACUCGAGUAACUAUUGUGGUCACCGAUGUAGACGAUCACCAGCCCACUUUUAGCGGAUCGCACUUCAAUGUUUCUAUUACGGAGAACCUGGCAACUGGAAUGCCCCUGCCGGGACUUUCGAUAUUUGUGGAUGAUCGCGACAUGGGCGAGAACAGUCGCUAUGAGCUCUCUUUAAGGGAUGUGGCCAAUGCAGCCGGAGUUUUUGCAGUAUCACCCACCGAAGCUCAAGGUCGAACACCAGUGGUUGUCAAGGUGCUAAAUGCCAGUCGCUUGGACUACGAUGUUCCAGAUCCAGACCUCCGGAAAUUUGAGUUCGAUCUGGUGGCUUCGGUCAAGGGCGUGGAGAAGGCCAAGUCCCGGGUAGAGAUCCAUCUUCUGGAUGCUAAUGAUAAUGCCCCAGUAUUUGAUCAAGCCACUUACCGUUUUACGGCAGCUGAGAAUCUUCCCGUGGAUGCGUUGAUAGGCCAUGUGAAGGCCACCGAUGCGGAUUCAGAAGAAUUCGGGCAUGUUCGCUACGUUCUUAAGGGCUUCGGAGCGGACAACUUCUAUGUGGAUCCGGAAACCGGAGGUCUUUACUUGCUUAAGCCCCUGGACUACGAGAAGCAGAGCAGCUUCAGCCUCACUGUGGUGGCCAUCGAUGGAGGUCAACGCGAGGCCAAUGCCAAUCUCUUCAUCGGGGUCACCGACGUGAACGACAACCAUCCGAACUUCGAAAGCAAGGAGUAUAGUCGCACCAUCCGCGAAGGUGCGGCCCUUUUCGAGCCCCAGUUCUUUGUCCGUGCCCACGAUGCAGAUGGUCCCACCCAAGGAAAUGGUAGGGUCAAGUAUGCCAUUGUAUCCGAAAACAGCAUAGCUGGUAAUGUAUUCCGAAUCGAGCCGGAUACGGGCGAGAUUGUCAUCCAGAAGGCGGCGCGAUCUAUGGACACGGAACGUGGCGAAUACGAACUAGUGAUUUCGGCAACAGAUUUCGGCAUUCCUCCUCUGUCAAACACCACUCGCGUUUUGGUACGGGUUGGGAUCUCUGGAAAUCAACGGCCCAUUUUCCGCGGACACUUCCAGAAUAUGGAGAACUUGCCGGUUAUAGGCCCACCUAGCUAUCGAGUUUCCAUACCCGAGAACGCAGUUGCAGGAUCGAAUGUCACUUCGGUAUCUGCCCACGAUCCGGAUGGUCUAGACAGCCUGCUUCGGUACAGGAUUGUGGGAGCCAACGACAAUUUUGAGAUUGAUGAGCUUUCCGGCUUGAUAACAGUUUCCCCGCAAGCCCGCAUCGAUCGGGACUCGAAUAUGAACAGUUUUGAGAUCAUAGUGAAUGCCGUGGACUCGGGAACGCCUAUUCCGGAAACGGCCACCACUACGGUUUAUGUGAAUGUGAAGGACAUCAAUGAUGAGCGUCCCAAGUUUGAGCAGAAUAGCUAUGCGGCCUACGUUUCCGAGCGAACAGCCGUGGGUGAGAGUGUCCUUCGGGUGAAGGCCAUCGACAAGGACCUCAAUUCGAAAUUGGAGUACGGAUUGGUGGGUCCCAUUACUGCCACCACCAAGGCGGGCGUGAACAUAGCCAAUCGGAGCAAUUACCGACUGCAGGAGGCCUUCCGGGUGGACAGUCAAUCUGGCGAGAUCUUCGUCAAUGGUUCCCUUCGUCACGAUGUGGCUGCUAUUAUCAUUUUCACCGUUGGAGUGCGGGAUCUCAAUGCGGAGGUGGAUCCCGACGGACAAGUGGAUUCCACCGAGGUGACUGUGUAUGUGCAGUCCUUCCAGGACACCAAUCCUGUGUUCAAGAACCCCGGCUGGAGUAGCUCCCGACCGGUGAUCGAUAUGAAGAUCAAGGAGGAGAUGCCCAUCGACAGUGCACUGUUUAUCCUCCAGGCCGAAGAUCCAGUGACCCGGCAGCCUAUCACUAGUUUCGAGUUGGUGGAACCCAAACAAGUGGACUACUUUCAGGUGGCCGAGCGCACUGGCGAGGUGAUCCUAAAGAGGCGACUGGACUACGAGGCUCUGGGUGAAACUGGUCCCGAGUUUGAACUGCAAGUGCGGGCCAAUACCGCCGAUCGUCAAAGGAGCACUGUCAGCCGGGUAAAUAUUACCGUGGAGAAUGUGAACGACAAUAGUCCACGCUUCGAGCAGAGUUCCUAUCGAGCCACGAUCAUCGAGAACAGACCUCAUCCGGAGCGAGUGAUCCGAGUGAGAGCUUUGGACAAGGAUGCAGUACUCAAUGCAAGGGAUGAGCGCUUGGGCUACCACAAGAUCAUCUACUCGCUGCAGGGCGAGCAUGCUAUGCUCUUCGAGAUCAACAACACAACUGGUGAAAUAAUCGUAGCCAGCGGACAGGUCAUCGAUAGAGAGCGCACCCCCAGGAUUCAGUUACAAAUCAAGGCGGAGGACUCGCCCGGACGGCCCACCGAUGCCAAACAGAGUGUUGUGGAGCUGCAGAUCGAUGUGUUAGACGUGAAUGACAAUGCACCGGAGUUCACGCAAAAGAAGUACAGCACCGUGAUUCCGGAAAAUGCCCAAAUCGACUCUUUUGUUCUUCAACUGGAGGCUGUGGAUGCGGACGAGGGUCUGGGCGGCGAAGUGCGCUACGAACUGGUCAACGAGGGGGAGGCCAAUGGACUCUUCAAGGUCGAUUCCAAGAGUGGUCUGAUAUCCACCCGUCGUAAUCUUACGGGUAAGGGUCGGGCCGAACCCUAUGUACUCAUUAUUCGAGCUCAGGAUAAUGGCAACCAGCUGCCCAAGCAGCCUACCCUAUCCACCGACACCGAUGUCCGGAUAUUCAUAGGUGAUGUGAGCGCCAACGACGGAGUGCCAUACUUUGUGGCUCCUCGGGUUGGACAAAUGGCCAAUGUUACUGAGAACGCUGCUAUUGGAGCUCCUGUAUUUCAAGUGAUUGCCAGCGAUCCGGAUGAUGAAAAUACCCCCUCUGGAACCAUUACUUAUCGCAUUUUGCCAGAUACUGGAGAUGCAGAAGCCUUCAUCAUAGACGCCCACACGGGACUAAUAACCACCAAGCAGUCUCUAGACCGAGAGACGAAGAACAUUUACAGGAUCUUGCUCGAAGUGAGCGACAAUGGACAACCCAAGCAGUCGGUGACCCGAAUUCUGCAGAUAGCAGUUCUAGAUGUGGACGAUCACGAGCCUCGUUUUGCCCGGGAAGUUGACGAAGGACCCCUGAGCAUGUCGGUGAGAGAAGAGGAACCCGCUGGCUCAAUUGUGGGCAACUUCAGCGCCUUGGACGAAGAUCUGGGCGAGAACGCGGCCAUUGAUUAUGUGAUCAUUGAUGGAAACAACGAGCAGUUGUUUACGGUCGAGAGGACUAACGAGAGCCUGGCCAUUCUCAAGACCCAAAAGCCCAUCGAUCGGGAGCAGGUUGAGUCCUUUACACUGACGGUCAAGUGCCUGAAACUGGGCGAACCUGGCUACAAGUUUGUUGGAGAUCCCUAUGAUCGUAGAGAUCCCUCACACUUGAGAAUUACCAUUCGAGUUCUGGACAUCGACGACAAUCUGCCGCAAUUCGAGCAGCCAGAUCCCACUGUGGGUAUCAGGAUAAAUGUGCCCAUCGAUACAGUAGUGACCACUUUAAAGGCUAGUGAUGCAGAUGCCGAGGCACCAGCAAUUGGUCUCUCCAUUGAGAACGUGACCUUUGUGCCACAGUUUUAUAAGAGGAGUCGCAGUCUGGCCGUUGGCAAUCUUCAGAAUCUCUUUACCCUAAACAAUCGAACUGGUGAACUGCGAACUGGAGGGUCCUUUGCCGACUACGUGGAUGGUUACUUCCUGAUGCGGGUGAUGGCCAAUAAUUCCGUGGAGCCCAGACGUCAAGCCCACAGUAAUCUCAAGGUGUUCGUGAUUCGUGACAAGUCCUUGCUGAAGUUCGUCUUUGCCCGACCUCCCAACGAAAUCCAGCACAACAUUCGGCCCUUCCAGGAGCAGCUCCAGAAAAAGCUGAAACCCCUGGGAUUGGAGCUGCAUGUCCUGGAUACCCAGGUGUUUACACGACCCGACAUGAGUCUGGACUUCACUGCCACCAGUUCCUGUUUUCAAAUGUUCAAAAAUGGAGCAGCCUUGUCCUAUAAUGAGAUGCAGAAGCUGAUGAACUCGCAGCAGUUGCGGCAGGAGCUUAUAGACAUUUAUGCAGCCUAUGGAGUUAGUGAGGUGGAGUCCUGUUCGGUGAGGAGGACUCAUACUGCGGCCCUCUUCGCGGGUAUGCUCACCUCGGCGGGGGCGUGGCUGGUGUUCCUGGCCGCCCUCAUCGGCCUGGCUGCCUUGAUUUCCCUAUGCACAGCCUGCUGUUUAAAGAAGAAGCUGAAACGUCACAGCAAGCGGAGUCUGCAGGCGAGUCUGCGAACUCCCACGGAGCACACACCCACCUCCUACAGCUACUCCAUGCCCGCAGUGCUCUACUCCGAACCCAUUUACGGGCCCCUGUAGCCGCAGCUCAUCUUCUGCACGGGAGGGUCCAGGUUCAACCACUGACCACCAACCAAGUAGACUAGUGCCCAAGACUCAAGACCCCUUUGCACCAGCGGAGAUCCUCAACUCUGGAUCUCCGCUUGGCAACUGCGAACCGGGACUUUUUUCUAGCAGAAAUUGGUAGACGGUAGAAUGCCAAAUCAGUCCAUAUACCAUAAGCUUAAGCAUACUAUGCGCGUGAUCUAGUAUGUACUUGUAGCACCAUUUAGCCUAGGUUAAUUUUAAUGUAUCUAUAUAUAUAUAUAGUGGUGUAAAAAGCGUAGCGAUUAUCCAAUUGAAAUGAUAGCCUAAGUCGAGUCAGUUCUUUGUGUCAUUUGUGCUGAAGUGCUGGUUUCCCGGACCGAUUUCGCGGGUUUUCAUUCGUACUUUGGCAGGUCUGGAAUGCAUUUAUUUUUAUAUAUUUAUCUUAUCGUCUAUUUACCUUCGACAUGUCGAACAAGUGCAGAAUAAAUAUUGCCACAAAGGCAGCCCAAUUCCAGCUCCAUAAUCCAAUCCUCGACCAGAAGUCAAAGUCAGGCCAUGUGCGUGUCGACCGAAAAUGAGUUUCCCGUUUUCAAACACAAUGCAUAUGCUUUCGCUAUUAAGCAAAUAUAUUUAUAUACGACUAAGUAGUUUGUCCAAUGUGAACAUGUGUGCAAAUAAAUUCUAUUAACUACAAAAAUGUGAAAAACAAAACGCGAGCAUUUACUCAUUUUUCCCGACGCGUUGGCGAUGGGUUUAAAGGCGAACGUGUGAAGUGAUAUGCAAAUGAAACGUAUCCCCACUAAUGGCCUGAAAUCCAGGAAGGUGUGGGCACUGAAAGUGGGUCCGAUCAGUUAAAGCUG